UCUAAGGGAAAAUAUCAGGCAAAGGAAGGGAGAGAGGGAGAAGGGAAAGUGAGGAGGGGAGAGAGAGAGAGAGAGAAAGAGGAAAGAUGGCUAGCGAAUUCAGAAAGAAAAUAUUCUGGAGGGCAGUGGUGGCUGAGUUCCUGGCCAUGAGCCUUUUCAUUUUUAUCAGCAUUGGCUCCGCUCUGGGCUUCCAGUUCCCCGUGGUGGCCAACAAAACAUCAACGAGGUCUCAGGACAACGUGAAGGUUUCUCUGGCUUUUGGGUUAUCCAUUGCUACCAUGGCUCAGAGCGUGGGCCACAUCAGUGGGGCGCACCUGAACCCAGCUGUCACCCUGGGGCUGCUGCUCAGCUGCCAGAUCAGCAUCUUCAAGGCGCUCAUGUACAUCCUCGCCCAGUGCCUGGGGGCAGUGGUGGCCACUGCCAUCCUCUCAGGAGUCACCUCCUCUCUCCCAGGAAACUCUCUGGGGCUUAAUGCUCUUUCAGAAGGAAUCAAUGCAGGCCAAGGGCUGGGAAUUGAAAUCAUUGCCACCUUCCAGCUGGUGCUGUGUGUCCUGGCCACCACAGACCGGAGAAGGAACGAUGUCUCAGGAUCGGCGCCUUUGGCCAUUGGUCUCUCCGUUGCCUUGGGCCAUCUUCUGGCUAUUGAUUACACCGGCUGUGGAAUUAACCCAGCCAGAUCUUUCGGCUCAGCGCUCAUCGCCAACAACUUUCAAGAUCACUGGAUUUUCUGGGUUGGCCCAAUCAUUGGAGGAGCAAGUGCUGCCCUGAUUUACGACUUCAUCCUGGCACCCAGAACCAGCGACCUCACCGACCGCAUGAAGGUGUGGACCAGUGGCCAAGUAGAAGAGUAUGACCUGGAAGGGGAUGAUAUGAACUCCCGGGUGGAGAUGAAGCCAAAAUAAAGAAGGGCAUGGAGAGAGGGGGAAAAAAAAGGAAAAAAAAAAAAAGCAGUACAUUGGUUUCCGAAGAUUUUAUCAGUGUUAUAGACUCUUUGUAAACCAGCAAGCAGUACUUUGUUUUUUUAAUUCAAUACAGUUUUCCUUUUUUUUUUUUUUAUGCCCCCAAUCCUAAUAGCAUUUUUUUAUAUCUGGGGUUUUUUAAUUACAGAGUCUUUAGGUUAAGAAGUCAUGACCUAAACAAAAUAGGGUGAAGUUUAUUUAGGUCACCUUUGCACGACCUACAUAAAUUGGGCUGAAGUUUAACCAUUCCCUUGGUACCACCCAAUUUUGAGGUGUAUUUAGCAUGGGGGGUUCUCCCACCACAUCACUCAGUAAUGAUAAAUAGUUCCAAUGACCAGGUUUUUCAUGAAAGAAUAGAAAUUGAAGACAGGGAAUCAUCUGUACCAAUAACGGAGGCCUUACACUUGAAAAAACAGUAUUUAUACAAAAAAGCAGGGCUGGCAUCUAAUGCCAGCAAUGAAUGGGAAAAAAAAGUCUCAAAUCAGCAUCCUAAAGCAUCUUUUGGAAGGAAAGGUUACUAAAGAUCAGUUGCUAUGUAAAAUUACCCAUAAUUUCCUAAAUGGUUGAUCAUCUUUGAGAAAGAGGGCCAGAAAAGUAAGGCAAGGUAAGAAUUUCCAGAGUCACAGGAUCUUUCAGACUUUCUAGUGUUUCAUUCUCCCUGAACCUGCAUCUAUCCAACUGCUUGUGAGGGAAGAAUAUAUGUGACAAACAAAAAA